AUGAUUUUGUUCUGCGUGGCGGUGGCGUCAACAACAGCCGAGCCGGAUCCUAAAAAGUACAAGUCCGAAGUGAAAGAUAAAGAAAAACUCGCAAAUACAAGACUAACAGAUGAAGAGCGUACAUUUUUAAGAGAAGUCGAAGCUAAGUUCGGUAUAAAAUCUGAAGUUCCAUUGGAAGAAGCUAAAAGUGAUGACGAUGAAAAAAACAAUGGAACUUCUACAAGUAAAACUCCAUUUCCGGCAGUAAUAGCAAUUGAGAUUGUCAAUGAUACCGAUACGAGUGCAAAAGGCAAAAGAACUAUCGAUGCCAACUUAGGUUAUGGUUACAGAACAAAUAAAGGCUACACUUACACAUAUUUUGGAAAACAGCCACAGGAUAAAGGAAAAUUUAUGAUAUACCCAUAUUCUCAAGAAGAUAUCCCUCCAUCACAUUCUACUACAUACAAUUCUGAUUAUUCUCAGUCAGGGAAAUAUACAACAGCUUCUUCACAAGUAGAGAUUCAACCAUCUCGAGCUUACGAGCUUGUAGACGUGAAAGAAGAACACAAUUCUUACCAAAACUCAAGGCCUAAUUCUAAUUAUGAAAACAUCAGAGGAUUGGUUUCUCCGCCGCCUUCAUACUCUUCGAGUCCAUUACAUCAUGAAACGUCGCACAAUGCCAAUCCAACUUUCUAUACUACUUAUAAUGGACAAAAGUUUUCAGGACUGAGUGGUCAAUUUCCUAUGGUUAUGUCGAACUACUUGGUUGAACCAUCACAGUUGCUUAAAAACCCCCAAUAUCAGAGUGCUGGACUAAAUCAAGAGUAUCUCCAGAAUCAUGGGUCUCAUUUAGAGCAACGAAUUGUGCCAGUUUUAGUAUUAAGAGUCCCGAGUUCAUAUCUUAAAAAACCUACAGCUGAACUUUAUUCUGGUGCUAACAAUUACCCUGUUUCAAAUUAUUUGAAUAAUGUUAAUUUACAGGAGAUAGUUAACAGUUAUUUCAAAAAAAUUGGUUACACAUUUGCACCUCAAGUUACUUAUCAGAAUCCAACUGCAUCGCAUCCUGUUACCACUCCUAUUGCUUCUUCAGCGCACAAUAGUGGGCCCCAAAACUAUGCUACUACUUAUAUGCAUCCAUCAUAUACUCAAUCGGAUUACUCUGGAGUUCAAUAUUCGGCAGUCCAACCAGUGAUGGCCAAAUACCCUACCAGUUAUUCGCACCAACAUUAUUAUGAUCCAAUGAGCCAAUUAGUUUAUCAGCAGCCUGAGCAACAAUAUGAAUAUACAUACAAAUAUGUACCACAGUCUGAAGGUCAGUCACAAUCCUAUUAUGUUCAACCACAAUAUCAAACGAAUGAAGAAGCUGCAACUCAAUCAAAUGUUCAGAGUGAACAUUCAACUGGAGAGCAAGAAACUACCAACAAUUCGGGCAACGAAGCUGAAUAUAGUGUACCGCAAAGUGUUGCUUACGAAAGUGGUGCGCCUACAGUUGAAUAUGGUACUCCUGAAACACAAGCAUCACACAUUGCUGCUGACCAGCAAACAGAAUAUGAAUCAUCGCAAACAGUUAGUCAAGAAUAUGGAACUCCUAAAGAACAGAGUAUUGAAUAUACGCCACAGAAAACUCUUUCAACAGAGUAUGGGCCAGCAAAAAUAUCUCUGCCAGUAUACAAUUCACCUCAAGCUACAAGACCACAAUAUGGAUUACCUAAAUAUACGAUACCUAAAGAAACCCUCGCUGCUUAUCAAGCUCAACUAAGCCAAAGUGAACCUAAGUACAGCUACAGUGCUUCAAAUGCUGGAGCACAGAACUACUAUUAUCCAAAACAAGUUACUGACGAAGCAAGCAACAAUUUAGCACUAUCUGAAAAUUAUCCAAGUAAAGAUCAUACACUUGCAACGGUGUUGCCAGUCAGCUACAAACAUGACAGAAAGCCUGCGAGUGUACAGACGAUUAGUUACGUUACUCCUGUUCCUCAUAAGUACCAAUCACCAUACAAAAUAAUGGUGCCACAGACUUUUCUCAAGAAUCCAGCAACCGAAAAGGUGUCAUAUGUCAAUUCACACUCACUUCCUUAUAGCAAAUCCGUGAAUCAAGAAUAUAAUCCAGAGGUUGAAUAUACUGUACCUAGUCAUUACAAUCCACCAGUGGGCAAACAAAAGCCACCAAGUUAUCCAAGGAAUUACCACACUCAUCCUAAACGUAACGUAAAAUCAGAUAGCAGACCGGAGAAUAAUUCAACGCCACUUAAAAAGCAAUCAGAAUCAAACGAUAAAAAGAAGAAAUCUAAUUAG